GUGCAAUUCUCGUUCAUCCUCUCGUUCCGCUCUCCGCGUAAACACGCCACCUUUCCUCCCAUGCUUCCCACUCUUAUUAAAUAAAUAACCUUUUCUGCGUCCUCUUUCCAAUUUUUAAUCUUUCUGAUUAAACAAAGAUGGAAACAAAGACCACUGGAAAUUACCAUUUCUGCAGUUCUGAGGUUCUGUUUGACGUACUAUUCUACUGGGGGAGGUCAGGAAGGUCUAAACAGAGAGCCUUGGCUGAGAUUUUUUUCACAUCAGUGGACUUUGUUGGGUUUGUGAUGUUCUUGCCAAUAAAAUUUGGGGACAGAAAGAUUCAGACUUCAGUGGAGUUUCUUUUAAGAGUUUGUGAGAACUUUAGGGUACUGAGUACCUUGUUUUGUUUCUAGAUUCAAACUUCUGUUGCUGGAAAUAGAAAGAAAAAAAUGACCAUGGAUUGUAGUGGUGGAUCGCCAAAGCACCAUUACCUAGAAUCCAAGAAGAAGAGGCUCACUUGGAUCUUCGGGGUUAGUGCCCUCUGCAUAGUAUGUUACAUGAUAGGAGCUUGGCAAACCAUUUCUGCCCCUGUCAAUCAAUCUGAGCUCUACCAAAGGGUCAGUUGUGAUGAAACGUUAUCUCAGUCCCGGAACAAAACUUCCUCAUCCAUGUCAUCAUCAUCGCUUCACUUGGACUUCGAAAGCCAUCAUCAAGCGGACAUCAACAAAACCAAGGCUGUUCAGAAGUUCCCACCGUGUGACAUGUCCUACAGCGAGUACACUCCAUGCCAGGAUCCAACAAGGGGGAAUAAAUUCAACAGGAACAUGUGGAAAAACAGAGAGAGGCAUUGCCCUACCCAAGAAGAACAACUUUUUUGCCUUAUUCCUGCUCCGCCAAAGUAUAAGAUCCCUUUCAAGUGGCCUCGGAGUCGUGAUUUUGCUUGGUAUGACAACAUUCCCCAUAGAGAACUCAGCAUUGAGAAAGCUGGCCAGAAUUGGAUUCAAGUCAUGGGUGACAGGUUUAGAUUCCCCGGGGGAGGUACCAUGUUUCGGAGGGGAGCUGAUGCGUACAUAGAUGACAUUAACGCGCUCAUUCCUCUCACUAAGGGCAACAUCAGAACUGCAAUUGAUACUGGCUGUGGUGUAGCCAGUUGGGGUGCUUACCUGUUGAAGAGGGACAUCGUGACAAUGUCUUUUGCGCCAAGAGAUACGCACGAAGCACAGGUCCAGUUUGCAUUGGAGCGCGGAGUUCCUGCUAUGAUUGGUGCCCUGGCUUCAAAGAGGCUUCCCUACCCUGCAAGAGCUUUCGAUAUGGCCCAUUGUUCCCGCUGCUUGAUCCCUUGGAUGAACUAUGGUAAUGGUAUGUAUCUAAUUGAAGUGGACAGAGUUCUAAGGCCUGGUGGUUAUUGGAUUCUUUCUGGGCCGCCUAUUCACUGGAAAAAGAACUGGAGGGGAUGGAACAGAACUCGAGAGGAUUUAAAACAAGAGCAAGAUUCUAUUGAGUCUGUUGCAAAGCGCCUGUGCUGGAAGAAGGUGAUCGAGAAGAACGAUCUUGCAAUCUGGCAAAAACCUAUAAACCACGUCAAAUGCGUUAAGAGCAGGAAGGUGUAUAAAACACCACAUAUAUGCAAAUCAGACAAUCCAGAUAUGGCUUGGGAAAGAGACAUGGAGAGAUGCAUUACUCCUCUACAGGAGACCAGCAAUCCCAAUGACGUUGCUGGUGGGGCGUUGGAGAAAUGGCCAGAGCGUGCAUUUGCUGUCCCUCCUAGAAUCAGCAGUGGUUCAAUACCAGGAAUCACUGCUGAGAAACUCCGCGAGGAUAAUCAACUGUGGAAAGAAAGGGUGGAACAAUACAAGCGUAUCAUACCAAUUUCCAAUGGAAGGUAUAGGAAUGUGAUGGACAUGAAUGCUUACCUCGGUGGAUUUGCUGCAGCGUUGUCAAAAUAUCCAGUGUGGGUUAUGAACACAGUCCCUGCCAACUCAAACCAGGACACUCUUGGAGUGAUUUACGAACGGGGUUUCAUUGGAACAUACCAGGAUUGGUGCGAGGCAUUUUCAACUUAUCCCAGAACAUAUGAUCUCAUCCACGCUGGGGGAGUCUUCAGCAUAUAUCAGGACAGGUGUGACAUAACACUCAUUUUACUGGAGAUGGAUAGGAUUCUGAGGCCGGAAGGAACUGUUGUGUUCAGGGAUACUGUAGAGAUCCUGGUGAAAAUAAAGGCGAUUACCGACGGAAUGAGGUGGAAGAGCCAAAUUAUGGAUCAUGAAAGUGGCCACUUGGCCACAUACUCCAACAGACCUUUUAAUCCAGAGAAAAUUCCUCUUGCUGAGAAAACUUACUGGACUGGCGAAGAAAAAAAAAGAAAGGUAGUAGAGAUGUGGUAGUAUAUUCUUUCUUUCUUUUUUCUCCAUUUGCUUGUAAUUCUACUUUUUCUUCUUUUUUAUUUGAGCUUUUAUUCUAACUCACUUGGUGCAUAAUCAAUGUUAUGCUCUGGGAUUUUGUAAAA